AUGAUGCUUUCUAAGCUAAGAUUUAAACAACGUGAAAUUCGUAUUUUGUGUCGGUUGUUAUCUGGAACACCCCCAGACCAGACAAAUGACGGAAAAAUACCUGAAAUAAAACCUAAAAGUCAAGAAAAGCAAAAUGAGUCUACCACAAAAAUUCAGGAACUUUUAAAGAAAAUGUUAGCAGAGCCAAAAAUUUCUCAGGAAGAGUAUGAAAAGAAAUUUGUGGUCGCACCUGAACGCAAGAAGCGCGAUACAAUUGAAGUUAAAAAAGAAAAUAUAGAAGAAAGCUUAACAAAAGCAGCUACUGAUGUAGCUGAGGCAAUUGGCGGUGAUGUUAAACAAACUGAGGCAGAAUUAUUGUCUCGAGUACUUGGAAAAAUUAAUCAGACAUCAACUACACUUAGUGAUUUGCUGGUUGGUAUGAAAGUAGACAGGUCUAAGGAAACAGAAGAUCAAGGUAGAAAAGAAACAAGAGGUCAGCAAGUAAGGCGCAUUGCCAGUAAGAGUGCAGCACAAUCAAGGCCUCGGCAGUAUGAACAAAGACCACAAACUGGAAGGGAAAAUAGGCCUGAGCAAAAGAGUUUAUCACAGCCAAUCAGUAUCAACGUUUUUGGAGGAGAACUACUUGGUAUCUUCAAGCAAGGACCCACCAACUAUGGCACCAAGUUAGAAGUUUGGGACCACUUGAACCAGCGAGAGUUGACCCUUGCAACUUCACAACCACCCUCUAACUACUUUGAGAAGAUGUUGCUUUGGACUGAACAGGGCAAAGUUUGGAAGUUUCCUAUUAAUAAUGAACAAGGUAUGGAAGAAGAGGAAAAUGUACAUUUUUCUGAACAUAUAUUUUUAGACAGCCAUUUAGAGGGCUGGUGUCCCACACGUGGGCCAAUUAGGCACUUCAUGGAGUUAGUUUGUGUGGGCCUCUCCAAGAAUGCCUUCUACACGGUACAGGAGAAAAAGGACCAUAUUUUAUGGUACAAAGAGUAUUUUGAAUCAAAGAAAGAUUUGCUAAAUGAGAUUGGUGUUUGGGAUAUUACACCAACUGAAAAUACAGUGUAA